AUGAUGUCGCUAGGCGGGUCGGCGUCGACCAGUCUGAACAAGACUGUGACUGCCAAGUACAUGAGCAUCCCUCAGCCCAAGGACAAGGUGCGGGUGCUCUACGUGUGGAUCGACGGGACCGGGGAAAACGUUCGCUGCAAGAAUAGGACCGUCGACUUCAUUCCAAAAGAUCCUUCUCUGGGACCCGGAGCGGGCAUCAAGGCAGCCGAUGACCUGUGGAUGGCUCGUUAUUUGCUGCAUCGGGUCGCUGAGGACUACGGGGUCAUCGUCACUUUCGACCCGAAGCCGAUGGAGGGCGACUGGAACGGCGCCGGGGCGCACACCAACUUCUCCACCAAGGCGAUGCGAGAAGACGGAGGCAUCACGGAAAUCGAAAAGGCGAUCGACAAGUUGUCGAGGCACCACGUGAGGCAUAUCAAGGCCUAUGACCCGAAGCAGGGCAAGGACAACGAGAGGCGCUUGACUGGCAGACACGAGACCUCGUCCAUCCACGACUUCUCUGCGGGUGUGGCAAACCGAGGUACAAGCAUCAGGAUUCCUCGAGGAGUCGCGGAGGAAAAGAAGGGCUACUUGGAAGAUCGUCGCCCGUCGUCAAACUGCGACCCAUACUCGGUUUGCGAAGUGCUUGUUCGCACUUGUUGUCUGGAAAACUAAACCAACAAGCUACCUCAACAAACUAAACGACGUUUCCACAUAUAAGCAGAAGGGGAAGAACGAGAUUUGAGACACCUUCAAUUGAUAUUCUACGAGAGAACAUCACGGUUGGAUCUGUUAAAUCAUACGAGAGACGAUAUUAUUUGUUUCGGUACGAAAGCUGUGUGGGUCGAUCACCGCGGAAUUUGUUUCCUCGAAUGCACAGAAUGAAUUCAAGACACCUUUCCGAAGCCGAUGGAUCUUAUUUUGGAAAAUUCACUUCAGUUUUUUUUAAUGACUGAUUGGUUUUUUUGUUGCUCUGGAGUAUUUCAUGGGAUUCCGAAUUUUCGUUCCCGGUGCUGAACAGUGACCCGAGUUUUGGUUUGUCUUUCUUGGGAAAUCUUCAUGACAAGUUUUUAAACUGGAGUGUAACUUAUUUCCCUUCUCCCAAAGUCCUCCUCGAUGGAAAACAGGGUUUCCUUUGUGCAUUCAUUCGAGAAAAAAGAAUCUGUUGUAAAUACGAGAAACUUUGUAUGCUUCGUAGGAUAUAGUGAUUAUUUGAAAAUUUGAAUAGGUUUCCUGCAAAUGUUUUACACUUGGUUCCGUGCGACGUUGAGGAUGGCCAAAGAUUCUCUGGUUCAGUUGAAAAAAGAUUUGUAAAAAAAUAAGACUGGAUUUAGCUAUGUGUAAGUAAAAGUGAAUUUUUGGAUGUCAUUUUAUCUUCUCGCGUUACUUUGAGUGUGAUGCUGCUUGCGUGAGAGUCGUUUCUGUUGGCCUGUGUUAUUGGCGCAAAUAUAAACCAGAAUUUCAUAAA